CGUUUUUCAUUCUAAAAGAUAUUCGAUGAAGUGCUGGGUAUUAUCAACCACACCUUAACCUCAAUUUUGGAUUGUUAUUCAAAUGUUGAUGUUCCUACAAUUUAUCACAUUUACAUUUACCAGUUUAAUGGUAUUUAUGUUUUCUAGUUAUCUUAAUUUCGUGUACUUCUUCGAUAAUUAUAAGCAUUGGUUUUCUAAUGAUAUUAAUGAUUUUGAAAUUUAUGAUUAUAUUGUCGUUGGAGCUGGUAGUGCAGGUGCAACUUUAUCUGCAAAGCUAGCAGAAUAUGGAUACAAAGUAUUAUUACUUGAGGCUGGAGGAUUUGCACCACCCUUUGUGGAUAUUCCACUUUUAGCUCCUCUAAUACAGAAUACUCCUUAUGAUUGGAAGUACACUACUGUACCUCAAGAUAAUGCUUGCAAAAGUUUAAAGAAUAAUAAAAGUAAAUGGCCAAUGGGUAAACUUCUUGGUGGAACAAGUCAAUUAAAUUAUAUGCUUUACGUAAGAGGUCAUCCUUCAGAUUACAAUGAAUGGUUUCCAGAUUUUAUUGAACCUACUGUAGAAAAUGGUGGACCAAUGCAUAUAAGUGAUUUACAAUGGAAUACUGAUCUUGCUAAUGUAAUUUUAGAGGGAUUAAAAGAAUUGAAUCAAGAUAUUGGCAAUAUCAAUAAUGAUUUAAAAACUGGUUUCAUGAAACCACAGUUAUCCAUAAGAAAUGGAAAAAGAUGGAGUACGGACAAAUUACUGUAUGAAAAUUUUAGAGAUAAAUUGUUUAUUAGAACUUAUGCUCAUGUUGAAAAGGUAUUAAUGGAGUCAAAUAGAGCAAUGGGAGUACAAUUUAUUAGAUCAAAUAAGACAUUUAAAAGAUUUGCAAAACAUGGUGUUAUUCUUAGUGCUGGUGCAAUUGGUACUCCAAAAAUAUUAAUGUUAUCUGGUAUUGGUCCAAAAGAUCAUUUGCAAAAUUUAAAAAUAAAUGUUAUUAAUGAUUUACCAGUUGGUCAAUAUUUAGUAGACCACAUACUUACUGGAAUUGAUUUAAUUAUGCUGAAUAAAAGCAUAGAUUUUAACAUGUUUAAUGCUUUGAACCCUAUAUCAGCAAUAAAUUAUUUUUUGUAUGGAAAGGGUCCUUGGACAUUUACAGGAGUUGAAGUUUUAGGAACAUUUCAUAGUUCUUUUCAGAAAGGUAAUUUAAGUGCACCAGAUUUGCAGAUAAUGGUAAUGCCAAUGGGAUUGUCAAAGGAUAAUGGUAUUGUUUUAAGGAAGUCUAUGGGAAUUUCUGAUAAGGUUUAUAAUGAAUAUUUUGCACCUAUUUCAAACAAGAAUACAAUAACCAUUGCUCCCGUUUUAUUACAUCCGAAAAGUAAAGGAGAAAUUAAAUUAAGAAGUAAUGAUCCUUUAGAUCCACCUUUAAUUGAUCCAAAAUAUUUAUCAAAUAAAGACGACAUUGCAAUUCUUAUAGCUGGAUUGCAAUUUGUAAAAAACCUUGUUGGAACAGAUGCCAUGAAAAGUAUUGGUGCAUCUAUUUAUGAAAAACAUUUUCCUGGUUGUGAAAAUGAAACAUUUGAUAGUACAAAAUAUUGGGAAUGUUAUAUACAACAUUUAACUUUAACUUCGUAUCAUCCUGCCGGUACAUGUCGUAUGGGCGACGUUGUCGAUCAAAUGUAUAGAGUUUAUAAUACAAAAGAUUUGUACAUAGCUGAUGCAUCUAUACUUCCAGUUUUACCAAGUGGUAACAUUAAUGCCGCAGUUAUAAUGCUUGCCGAAAAAGCAGCGCGUAUAAUUAAACAGAACACAAAAAUUGAAAUAAACAACAAAAAAUGUUAUAAACUACCUAACUAUUACCAUAUAAUUAAAGACUAACACAAUAUAUGGAAGAAAAAUGUAAUUUAAUUAACUUUAAUUUAUUGCUAUUUUUGUACACGAAUUAUAAAAUAAAAUAGAUU